AUGGCUCAGAUUCAAGGGUACUGUGAUACCCGGUUUUCCAAACUCCGCGAUAUGAUGGAGGAGUUUGUCGCAUCCGGGCAAGAUAUCGGUGUCAGUCUUUGUGUCAACAUCGACGGUGAUGACGUUGUAGAUAUAUGGGGGGGCUACGCCGAUGCAUCGACCAAGAAGCCAUGGGGCAAAGACACACUGGUUAAUGUCUUUUCGACCACAAAGCUAGUAACCAAUCUGGCGGCUUUGAUUCUGAUAUCGCGUGGCGUGCUCCGCCCCGAGGAUAGAGUUUCUCAGCACUGGCCCGAAUUUGCAGCAAAUGGGAAAUCCGAGGUCACGGUGGGCCAAGUGUUAGCCCACACAGCAGGUCUCAGCGCGUGGGAGGACGACAUGACACUGGAGGACAUCUGCGACCUCAGGGAGGCGACUGAUAAGUUGGCUCACCAGAAACCCAUGUGGACUCCUGGAAGUAGAAUGGGCUACCAUGGUCUGACACAGGGAUUCCUUGUAGGAGAGCUGGUGCGAAGGAAGACGGGAAUGUCUAUCGACGAAUUCAUUAGGGAGGAGAUCUGUCGGCCACUGGGUGUUGGGAAUGACUUUCAGCUCGGCUGCCUCAAGGAGGACUGGAGUCGCGUGGCCCCCGUUGUACCUCCACCGGGACCUUCAAUCCAGGAGGUACUCAGCUCACAGGCGGGAUAUGAGCAAGACUCCAUCGUCGCUCGAACGCUCUGCAACCCCUCGCCCAGGGCCGAGGACGCCAACACGGCGCUGUGGCGAUCCAGUGUAUUGGGCUCAGUCAAUGGCCACACAAACGCCAGGACACUAGUCAAGAUCCUCUCCUGCUACUCGCUCGGCGGCAUAUGCGCGGGAGGUGAUCACUGCCUUCUCACUCCUGAGACGGUGGAAUUGGCCCUUACUGAACAUGCGAAGGGGAUCGAUUUGGUGACAGGGCGGAGCGGGAGGCGUGGACUGGGGAUUUAUCUUACUGGGCCCGGGUCCGGGAUUGUCGAAGAUCAGCUCCCGAACGGAAGGGUCGGAUGGGGAAGCGGAUGGGGUGGAUCGAUCCUGGUUAUGGAUUGUGAUCGAAGGCUCACAAUUGCAUAUACAAUGAACAGGAUGCUGAAUACAGCACAUCCUUCCCCGGCUGCAUAUAUCCAGGCUACAUAUAAAAUCCUUGGGGUCACUCUUCCCAAUAUAAUGUAA